AUGGCGAAGAAGAGGAAGCGCAAGCCGGAUCAGCCGGCGCACCGUGCACCGGCACCCGCAGCGGCUGCUGUGGCGCCGCCGCUGGGCGGCCUGACCUUCGCCGAGGUGCAGACCGCGACCGAAGUCAUCUCGAUCCUCGCCGCGCGCCCUGAGAUCUUCGGCUCCAAGGCGCUUCGUGGACUUCGCGCGGCGCUGCACCCGCUCGUGACGGCGCAGCUGCGCCGCUACGAGCCGGUCGACUACGCCGCGCGAGUGACGGCGGCGCUGCAAGCCGGCCGCUGGCACGAGGCGCUGCGCUCGCUCGACGGGCUUCGCGACCUGUGCGACGCCCCAAAGGCCGGGACCGUGCAGCGCUGGGUGCGGCAAGCCGGGCGGGUGGCGCGGCAGGAGGUGGCGGGCGUGCCGGGCGCGUUUCUGCUGCACGGCGAGCUCGGCCGCGUGCUCGGCCGCGAGGAGGCGGCGGCGAUCCUCCGCCUCGCUCAGCGGAUGGGGUUUCGGACAGACCACCCAGUCAGCAGGCCCGCGCCGUCGCCGACGCGCGGCUGCGAGUGGCUCGCCGACGCGUCGCUGCUCGGCCCCAUGUUCGCGCGCGCCUCGCCGCUGCUGCCCGCCGAGGUUGGAGGCGGGCGGCUGGAGGGGAUCAACCCGCGCUGGAGGCUGUUCGAGUACCGACGUGGCGCCAUCUACCGGCCGCACAUCGACGGCAGCUGGCCGAUGGGCGGCCUCGACCAGGACGGCGGGUAUGUGCACGACUUGCACGGCGCCGCAGUCCGCUCCCGCCUCACCUUCCUCGUCUACCUCAACGACGGCUUCGACGGAGGCUGCACCACCUUCUUCCAGCCCGCGGCGGCGCCGGCGGGCGCGCAGCGAGAGCUCGAUCGGUUCGAGGUGACGCCACUCGCCGGUUCGGCGCUCUGCUUCCCACAGUCCGCCACCGCCUCGCUGCUGCACGAGGGGAGCCCGGUGACGCGCGGUGUCAAGUAUGUGAUUCGCACCGACGUCCUCUACCGCUUCUAGGUAAGCGGUAAGGUAAGGUAAGCUUCUCUCUCCACCG